GGCCCAGGACAGCGCCGACAUCCCACAAUGCAACACGUUCAACAGGGGUAAAGUGCGCCUGCGACCUCAGCUCUUCCUCUUUGGACCGACGUCUCCUCAGCAACAAUGGCUAAGCGCACCAAGAAGGUGGGGAUUGUGGGUAAAUAUGGCACGCGUUACGGCGCGUCGCUCAGGAAGAUGGUGAAGAAGAUUGAGAUCAGCCAGCAUGCCAAGUACACCUGUUCCUUCUGUGGCAAGACUAAGAUGAAGAGGAGGGCUGUUGGUAUCUGGCACUGUGGGUCCUGCAUGAAGACUGUUGCUGGAGGUGCCUGGACAUACAACACGACGUCUGCAGUCACAGUGAAGUCGGCCAUCAGGAGACUGAAGGAGCUGAAGGACCAGUAGACGGUUACUGGAGUCACAGUGAAGUCGGCCAUCAGGAGACUGAAGGACCAGUAGAGGGUUACUGGAGGGACCAGGCUGUUGUGUUGUUAAUCCCAAGCUGGACGCUGCCUCAUCAAACAUCCACCACAAUAAAAAGCAGUCGAGAGGAA